GCUCCGGCCAAGGCCACCGUCUGAAAUAUAGGUAGGCAGAAGGACCGUUUGCUCGAAUUCAAAGGAGGGACGUUUCCACUGUUUGGCUUACCCCGCUCAGUGGUAGGCUAACGCUCAGUUGAUAUUCGAGAGCUGGUGAGGGCGUGCAACUUCGCCGUUUUGACGCUGCAUACAUCAUGGCAAAAGCUCAAGCUCUAACUGUCGACCGGUUGACGAAUGGAUGGACGUUCAAGCAGGCAGAUGAUACAGCUCAGGAUGCAUGGCUGCCGGUCAAGAAAGUGCCCACCAAUGUUCAUCUAGACUUGAUGGACAAUGGCAAAAUCCCAGAUCCUUUUCUAGGGUUCAACGAGCUCGAGGCAGAGUGGGUCGCAGACCAGUCAUGGAUCUACCGAGUCGAGCUGCCUAAGGUUACAAAACCGAAGGAUGGUACAGCAUACGUACUAGCUUUCGAUGGCCUGGACACGUUUGCUACCGUCAAGCUCAAUAACGAGACUAUUCUCGAUAGCGAUAACAUGUUCAUCCCGCAUCGUGUCAAUGUUACCGACAAGCUGGAUCCUGGAUCGGACAACAUAUUGGAGAUUGUAUUCGCAUCUGCACGACUGGAAGCAAUCAAGAUCCGUGAGCAGCAUCCAGAUCACAAGUGGGUGGGCUUCAAUGGCGACAUGUCGAGGCUUGCCGCGAGGAAAGCUCAAUACCACUGGGGCUGGGACUGGGGGCCAAUACUCAACACUUGCGGUCCGUGGCGCGAAGUACGAUUGGAGACCUAUCAGACCCGGAUUGAGGAUCUACGUGUUGACUAUGAGCUUGAUGCGGGCUUGACGUCGGUACAGGGCACGGUCUCGGCGAAUAUCGAAGGCGCAUCUGCGAAAAGUGUUAGUUUUGCUGUAUACGACGGCGAGAAGUUAGUUUUCAAAGAAUCAACAAAAGUCAAUGACGGCGUGGCAAAGGUGGAGUUCCAUGUUAACAAUCCGAAGCUAUGGUAUCCGCAUGGCUACGGCGAGCAACCUCUCUACAAGAUCACUGCUACAAUCUCGGCGGACGAUGUAGAAUUGCACCAGGUGACGCGUCGUACUGGCUUCCGCAACGGCGAACUAAUCCAGGAGCCGGAUGCCAUUGGCAAGUCAUUCUACUUCCGCGUCAAUGGCGUGGACGUAUUCUGUGGUGGCUCGGAUUGGAUUCCUGCAGAUUCGUUCACAACCCGAGUAACAGAGGAGAAGUAUCGCAAAUGGUUAGAGAUGAUGGUGGAUGGAUAUCAAAUCAUGAUACGUGUAUGGGGUGGCGGCAUCUGGGAAGAAGACAUCUUCUAUGACAUCUGUGACGAGCUGGGUGUUCUGGUGUGGCAAGACUUCAUGUUUGGGUGCGGUAACUAUCCUGCCUUCCCAGCAAUCUUACGGUCGAUAGAGGAGGAGUGCACCGCCAAUGUUAGCCGACUACGACACCACCCUUCGAUCAUCAUCUAUGCGGGCAACAACGAGGAUUACCAGGUACAAGAGUCGUUUGGGUUGACUUACAACUAUGAGGACAAGGACCCAGAAAGUUGGCUCAAGACAGACUUCCCUGCCAGGUACAUCUACGAGAAGUUGUUGCCUGAAGUUGUCGCUGCGCAAAGCCCACAUGUACCGUACCACCCAGGCUCGCCUUGGGGUGACGGUAUUAAGACUUCAAACCCCACAGUAGGCGACAUGCACCAAUGGAACGUGUGGCACGGCACGCAGGAGAAGUACCAGAUCUUUGACACGCUCGGUGGCCGCUUCAAUAGCGAGUUCGGCAUGGAAGCCUUUCCUCACAUCGACACGAUCAAGUACUACUGUACCGAUCCAUCACAACUAUACCCGCAAAGCCAUAUGCUAGACUUUCACAAUAAAGCAGAUGGGCACGAGCGGCGGAUAGCGACCUACCUAGUCGAGAACUUCCGCACCAAAACCGAUCUUGAGGCAUUCAUCCAUCUUACGCAACUCUCUCAAGCCGAGGCAUUGAUGUUCGGGUACAGGGGCUGGCGUCGCCAGUGGGGCCAGGAGCGGCAUUGCGGUGGUGCGCUCGUCUGGCAGCUCAACGACUGCUGGCCAGUAACUUCGUGGUCCAUCGUCGAUUACUUUCAGCGCAAGAAGCCGGCUUACUACGCCAUGCGCCGGGUGCUCGCACCCAUCGCCGUCGCAGUCAAACGAGCACACUUUGAUUGGAGUGUGGUACAUGCAAGAGUGCCCAAGACCAGCGACUUCGAGGUCUGGGUCGCGAGCCAGAAGUUGGAUGAGAUCACAGCGACUGUGGAGUUGCGGUAUAUUAGUGUCAAGAGUGGGAGGGAGAUUAAAGACAAGGUUGUCAAGAAAGACAUUAAGCUGGUAGCGAACGGCACAACCGACAUCCUCUCAGGAACCAUAGAUAACCGGAACGAGGAGCCGCAUGUGCUGGCGGUCAGGAUAUGGGUCGACGGCGAAAUCGUGUCAAGAGACGUUGAUUGGCCGCAACCGCUAAAGUACCUAGAUUUCGACGACCGUGGCGUAGAAGUUAUUCCGAAGGGCGACACCAUUGUGAUCAAAGCAGAGAAGCCCACCAAGGGCCUCGUGUUUGAGGAACGAUCAGGUGUGCUUGUACACGACAGCGCCAUUGACGUUGUCCCUGGCGAUGAACAGGUCGUCAGAGUGAGGGGACUGGGCAAGCAGGACGAGCCAUUGAGAUGGACAUACUUGGGCAAAGAUUAGUGGUCAGCGUGCAGGAAGUACAAAGUGGAGACGUCUAGGGACGCGAGUGGUCUGAUUAUGCAAAGCUAUCAAAGGACCACAGUGUAGGGACUGAGGUUUUGAGAAGUAGAAAGGGGUUCAUGCUGCAUGCUGACGGACAGCACAGCAAGUCCUGAGUUAAUUAGCAGCAAACGGCUAGCAUUAGACGUCGUCGCAUUCUAUCUCUAGUGACGAGUUGGCGUUAGGACUGUUAUAGGCAAGGAAGUGGAAGAAUACAACUCGCAGCACAAUGGAUCAGUUCAGUCG